UUCCCUCUCCGUCGUCGUCGUCGUCCUCCUCCUCCUCUUCCGCUCUCCCAUUUCACCUCCCUCGUGCUCCUGUAGGAACCCUAGCUGGGCGAAAAUGGCGACUCUCUCCCGCUACGCCGCGAGGUCCGCUGCCGCGGCGCUCCGCUCUGCAACCCUACUCCCGAAGCCCUCGUGCUCCUCCGGCGUGAGAUCUCCUCUGAUCCGUAGAUCAAUGGCGGCGGCGGCGGCGUUGGGGAGCGUGGAGUCGCUGAUGCCGCUCCACAGCGCCGUGGCCUCCGCGCGCCUCAGAUCGUUCAUCGCCGUCGAUUCCUCCUGCUGGAGCUGGCUUUCUCAAGGGCGUGCGUUACCAUUGUGACAAAAAGAGUUUGCUGAUUCUCUGCACAGCAACAAAUUAAUAGAUCUUCUAUCUUUUUCUGUGGAACGAAUAAGCAUUUACCUUCGAGAGCUAACUGCAAACUCAUGUUUUAGUUUGUGAUUUCCGGCUCUUGCGGACAUUUUUCUUUUCUUAUUCUGAGGUGAAACUUGUUGAUCGAUGAUGGUUGUGUAAUCUGAUAUCGACAAGUUUAGUUUCCUCAGUAACUGUAUCAUUACUUGCUAUAUAAUUUACGCAGGUAAAUUUGGGUUUGAAAA